AUGCCGAGGAUAGACUCGAAACGGUUUGCCUCUCAGGCUCAAAAGAUGGCUGACAUUGUUACAGAACAAUGGAUUCAAAUUCAGCGGCUUGAGCAGGCUCUUCAUAUUACACAAAUUUUGACAUUUGAUAAUGCCCUCUUGUUUGCUGAGAGAAAAAAGAAGAAGAAAGAUUUGUCUCCUCCUCCUGUUGCAUAG